AUGCAACAGUUUUGCGGGGACGUUAUGAAUUCAAAUAAUGCACUUACAGCUCAAGUCCAAUCAUUUCAAGGGGAGAUACAAGGUCUUAAGGCAGAGAUAGCGCAGUUGAGGGAAGACUUUGAUUCGGGUAAGACCACCGGCAACAAGAAAGUGGCGGCAAGGAACAUUUCAAACGACCAUCCCAAGUUAAAAAGCAUCAUUCAUCCGAUGUUUGCUGACCUGUGCAACAUCUCUCGGUCCUUGAGUAAAUCAGCACGAGCCAAGCUGUUGAAUACCGUGAAGCCAUUGGAAUCUGGUGAGGCGUACAAAGAAGUCGACAUGAAAAAGAUAUGGUACCCAAAUUGGAAGGGUAAAAUAGAAGAAGGGGUGAAUGCAGUGUUCAUUCAAGAGGUUGUCGAUCUUGUCUGGGAUAACGAAAAGCGAUUGUGCGAAGAUCCAAACUCGAAAUUCGAGAUACAAGAUGCUGACUAUGACCGCCAAUUGAUUUUUGAAUGCACGAAGACAUAUUUCCGCAACAUCCACAAGCAGUUUCUUGAACACCACAAUGACGACAAGGCUAGAAAGGCUAUGGAACAUAAGAACCAAGGAAGGAGGUGUUCACGACGUCAAACAGCUGCAAAAAAUCGCCGAAAAGCAGCAGAGGCUUUUGAGAAGGACUCUGGUCAUCCUGGUAUCCUGGCAAUGAUCGACACAUAUUACACAUCUGACCUUACAGAAGACACCCUCGAAAGACGAAGGGAUGCUGAUGUGGGAAAGGGCGCUUUCAUGGUAGAGGGUGCGCAAUGGAGAAGCAUCAAUAAUGAGGAGGCGCCGGCACCCAAACACCACAAAGUUGUAGAAAAGAAAGCUGUCAAAUCCACUUUUGAUCUUGCGCCGAGUAAGCUGCACAGUGGACCACCGCCAGUCUCGAGCAAAAAGAUCGUUCCCUUCCGCACUAUGGUUUCCAAGAAGUGGCUGAAGAAAAGGGCUGAUAUUGCACUGCUAGACGGUGGAGAAUGGCUGUCCGGUUUCUAUGGUCAGUUGAAGGAAGGUGAGAUCCACAAGGAUGACACGAGGUUUCUGAAGGAGCUCGACGAGUGGCACAAGAAGGAUGAGUCGAGCAGUGACGAAGAGGAUCUCCCUGUCGCAGGCCCGUCCACCGCGAGUCAACUUCUGUAG